AUGAGGAGCAGCGGCAGCAGCAACGGCGGCGGGGCAGAUGACGGUGGCGAGGUGCUCCUGGACCACGAGUACAAAGAGGAGUACGUGAGGAACUCGCGGGGGAUGAGCCUCUUCGCAUGCACAUGGCUGCCAGGCAAGAGGAGGACACCAAAGGCGCUCGUUUUCCUCUGCCAUGGCUACGCCGUGGAGUGCGGGGUGACGAUGCGCGGCACCGGCGAGCGCCUGGCGCGUGCGGGCUACGCCGUGUACGGGCUGGACUACGAGGGCCACGGCCGCUCCGACGGGCUGCAGGGCUACGUGCCGGAUUUCGAGUUGCUGGUCCGGGACUGCGACGACUACUUCACCUCCGUGGUGCGGCGGUCGCAGUCGCAGUCAAAUAAGGACAGCAAGCGGUUCCUGCUCGGGGAGUCCAUGGGCGGCGCCGUGGCUCUCCUCCUCCACCUGAGGCGGCCCGAGUUCUGGAGCGGCGCCGUGCUGGUGGCGCCCAUGUGCAAGAUCGCCGACGACAUGCGGCCGCACCCGCUGGUGGUGAACAUCCUCAGGGCCAUGACCUCCAUCAUCCCGACCUGGAAGAUCGUGCCCAGCAACGACGUGAUCGACGCCGCCUACAAGACGCAGGAGAAGAGGGACGAGAUCCGGGGCAACCCUUACUGCUACAAGGACAAGCCCAGGCUCAAGACCGCCUACGAGCUGCUCAAGGUCAGCUUGGACCUCGAGCAGAACCUCCUACACCAGGUGUCGUUGCCGUUCCUGAUCGUACACGGAGGGGCAGACAAGGUGACGGACCCGUCGGUGAGCGAGCUGCUGUACCGAUCGGCGGCGAGCCAUGACAAGACGCUCAAGCUAUACCCGGGCAUGUGGCACGCCCUCACCUCCGGCGAGUCGCCCGACAACAUCCACGCAGUUUUCCAAGACAUCAUCGCCUGGCUCGACCACAGAUCAUCCGAUACGGACCAGCAGGAGCUGCUGUCGGAGGUGGAGCAGAAGGCCAGGCACGACGACCAGCAUCAUCACCAGCAGCACGGCGGCAACAAAUAG